CAGUUCAGUCAGUUGUUUACAAUUUGUCGUUGAGGGUGGAUUACUUCGUCGCGAGUUUCGUUCGUGCAUGAUGCGGUUGUGGAUGUGGUUGAUUGUAUACAUACAUACUAUGCACAAAUCCAGUUCUCAUUUUGUUAUUUUACAAAUUCUCAGCGAGCGCAUGAACUGGCAGCCUAUAGCGAGCAGCUAAUCACAAUAUUUACGCCAGAUUCGUGGACUUGAAAGGAAAUUGAGCCAACCAAUCGAUUUUUUAGUGUUAUCGAAAAACAUUUUUCAUUCCUCGCAUCCCACAUACCACAUCCAACAUCCCGAAUCCCACGUCCCAUCAGCUGAAGGGAAGGGAUACCAACAUCAAUAAUAGCAGAUAAUAAGAUGGCUUGCUUCAGGAAGAGGCACUUUCUUUUGUGGCUCCUGCGUGCCCUGUGUGUGUUGCACACAGCCCCGCGAGGGGCAUAUGCCACAGUUGGACUGCAAGGAGUGCCCACCUGGAUAUACCUCGGCCUGAAGUCCCCCUUCAUCGAGUUCGGCAGCCAGGAGGAGCAGCUGGCCAACUCGAGCAUACCCCUGAAUAUGACCAAGGACGAGCAGGCCAACAUGCACCAGGAGGGCCUCCGCAAGCUGGGCACGUUCAUCAAGCCCGUGGACCUGCGGGACUCGGAGACUGGCUUCGUGAAGGCCGAUCUCACCAAGAGACUGGUAUUCGACUCGCCAAACAACAUCACCUCGCGCCCCAUCCAUCCCAUUCAGGAGGAAAUGGACCAGAAGCAGAUCAUCCUGCUCGACGAGGACACCGAUGAGAACGGCCUGCCCGCCAGCCUGACCGACGAGGACCGAAAGUUUAUAGUGCCCAUGGCCCUGAAGAAUAUAUCGCCCGAUCCCCGCUGGGUGGUCACGACACCAGUGCCCUCCUCGUCGCUCCAAACGAGCGGCAAAGCCACAACGACCGCUGUGCCAUCGCCAAUGGCCCAGAUAGAGGGGGACCCUACCUCCAACAUUGACGACCUGAAGAAGCACAUUCUGUUUCUACAUAACAUGACCAAGACCAACUCAAACUUCGAGUCGAAGUUUGUCAAAUUUCCCAGUCUGCAGAAGGACAAGGCCAAGUCGUCGGCCGGAGCUGUGCCCACGAGCGUGAAGCGCCCGCAGAGGCCGAUCCAUCAGUACUCCGCGCCCAUAGCCCCGCCAACACCCAAGGUUCCGGAUGGAGCAUACAGCCCCGGAGAGCAGCCGAUUGGUGGCUACUAUCAGAACGAGGAGUUGGCGACUAAUCAAUCCUUUCUCAAGCCAUCAGAUACUGCCUCCAAUGGCGUUCCCGUUAGCAAUCGAGGCCAGAAGACUCCCAGCGAGCCGCAGGUGAUUCUGCUCAACGAAUCGCUGGCCACGACGAUGCCGGAGGCCUCUCUGGAGCCCAUCAACCCGGCGAUAAACGUCCCGAAAGGGGGACCACCUCUACGCACAACAAAGCGUCCACCAUGCCUGCGGAAUCCCGAGUCCCCGAAGUGCAUACGUCAACGGCGGCGAGAGGAGCAGCAGCGGCAGCGGGAACGGGACGAGUGGUUCCGGGGUCAGUCGCAGUAUAUGCAGCCCCGGUUCGAGCCCAUCAUACAGACAAUUAAUAAUACCAAGAGAUUUGCCGUAUCCAUCGAGAUUCCAGACUCUUUUAAGGUAUCUUCUGAGGGAUUGGACGGCGGCGAGUUGCUCUCGCGCGUCGCCCGCUCACAGCCCAGCAGUAGGAAAAUGAUGCCAGACUAUAUUAAGGUAUCUAUGGAAAACACAUCCGUUACGGAUUACUUUAAGCACGACGUGGUGAUGGCAUCGGCGGAUGUCGCCAGCGAAAGGGAUUUCCUUAUCAAGAACAUGGAGGAGCACGGAGCUGCCUCCACGAAUGAUCACAAUGACACGGCUCCAGCCGCCGACGCAUACUCGGAGACAAUCGAUCUUAAUCCCAAUAACUGCUACAGCGCUAUAGGCCUGAGCAACAGCCAAAAGAAGCAGUGUGUGAAGCACACCAGUGUUAUGCCGGCCAUCAGUCGCGGUGCCCGAGCAGCCAUUCAAGAAUGUCAAUUUCAGUUCAAGAAUCGCCGCUGGAACUGCAGUACAACGAACGAUGAGACCGUAUUUGGUCCAAUGACCAGCCUGGCCGCUCCCGAAAUGGCCUUUAUCCACGCCCUGGCGGCGGCAACGGUGACCAGCUUUAUAGCUCGAGCCUGUCGAGAUGGGCAGCUGGCUUCCUGCAGCUGCUCCCGAGGCACUCGGCCUAAGCAGCUCCACGACGACUGGAAGUGGGGCGGAUGUGGCGACAACCUAGAGUUCGCCUACAAAUUCGCCACAGACUUCAUUGACUCGCGGGAGAAGGAAACCAACCGAGAGACCCGCGGGGUCAAGAGAAAACGCGACGAGAUUGGCAAGAAUCGAAUGCAUUCUGAUGACACAAAUGCUUUUAAUAUAGGUAUCAAGAGAAAUAGGAAUGACGACGCCAAGAAUGAUACAACAUUAGUGGUAAGAAACGUUAGGAAAAGCACUGAGGCUGAAAGCAGUCACCUACUCAAUGAGAAUUUCGACCAGCACUUGUCGGAACUGGAGCAGCGCAUUACAAAGGAGAUACUAACUUCCAAGAUAGACGAGGAGGAAAUGAUCAAGUUGCAGGAGAAGAUCAAGCAGGAAAUAGUGAAUACCAAGUUCAAGGCGGAGCAGCCUCGCAAAAAGAAGCGAAAAAAUCAACGGGCUGCGGCGGAUGCGCCUGCCUUCCCGCGGAAUGGCAUCAGGGACAACUACAAGGACGGCAUCCUGCCCCGCAGCUCGGCAACCGCCAAGGCAAGGAGUCUGAUGAACUUGCACAACAACGAGGCCGGACGUCGGGCGGUCAUCAAGAAGGCCCGCAUCACCUGCAAGUGCCACGGCGUCUCGGGAUCCUGCAGCCUAAUCACCUGCUGGCAGCAACUGUCCUCGAUCCGGGAGAUCGGCGACUAUCUGCGCGAGAAGUACGAGGGAGCCACGAAAGUGAAGAUCAACAAGCGCGGACGACUCCAGAUAAAAGAUUUGCAAUUCAAGGUACCGACCGCUCACGAUCUGAUUUACCUAGACGAGAGCCCCGACUGGUGUCGCAACAGCCACAUGCUGCACUGGCCAGGUACACACGGACGUGUGUGUCACAAAAACUCCUCGGGAUUGGAAAGCUGUGCCAUACUGUGCUGCGGGCGGGGCUAUAAUACGAAAAAUAUUAUAGUUAACGAACGCUGCAAUUGCAAAUUUCACUGGUGUUGCCAGGUUAAAUGUGAGGUUUGUACAAAGGUACUCGAGGAACACACAUGUAAAUAGAUCUAGAGUUCAGGCGCUCUAGACGCGUUGAAAUUCAAAUGUCUUAAUGUUUGUGACUAAGCCAUGAAGAAAUAAUCGUAUUUAAACAAAUAAUUAUUUAUUGAAAUUACAUUUAAAUUAAUGAUUCUAUUUAAUAAUUU